AAAUUAGAAAUGUUCACUAACAGGGAUGUAAAACAAAUGUUGACGUUUUUUUAGAAAUAAGCUGUUUGUGCGGUAUGGACGUUUUCUGGUAUUUUUUUAUUUCAGCUACUGAAACAUGGGACCCACACUUUACGUUGCACUCAUAUUUUUGUUCAGCGUAGUUGUAGUUAUACACGUGCUGCGUUAAACGAAGCAGCAUGUCUGACAUUUCCGAGUUUCCUAGUUCCGAUUAGGAUGUGAGUGCGGCAUAUCCCCCCAAAACACAGUAGCCUAGUAGUAAGACAGGAAGAAACGGUUUCUCCUAUAGAACUCCCGAUCCCGCUUUUGUAGGCGAUGUCAUGGCGACGUUUUCUAGCUAAAAGCUCAUGAGCAGAAACACGUCAUCGGGUCUAACGGUCUUCUCACGCCGAACUGCGCAUGUGCAUGCCGUCAAUUCAAAGCCACACCUUGGAUAUAAAGUUGUUUUUGACGAAAAUGUAAACGUGUCAGUUUGACACUUUCACGAAGUUCAGGUCUCUCUCCCCCUCCUGUGCAGGAUCAAUACAGAGAGGAAAGACAGAGGUCUGGGCCCUAUGAAGAUCCCUCCGCUGGCUGACCCCACCCAGGCCAUCUCCAGGGACUACGGAGGGCUGAAGGAGGAUGAGGGCAUAGCCUACAGAGGUCUGUUUGUGAUUGAUGACAAGGGCAUCCCGAGACAGAUCCCCAUCAACGACCUGCCAGUGGGGUGCUCUGUGGAUGAGACACUGCACCUGGUGCAGGCCUUCCAGCACACUGACAAGUUUGGAGAGGGUGAGAGGAGGAGGGGACAGAGAACAGUGUGCCCAGCAGGAUGGAGACCAGGGAGAGACACCAUCGUCCAAAACGUCCGGAAGAGCAAGGAGUUUUUCUCCAAACAGAACUGAUCCAAACAGUGCUAUGUGAUUUUUUUGUUGAUGAACUUGAAUGUUAAUUAAAAAAAACUGAAUUUAUA